GGCCAUAUUAGAGAGAUGGAAAUAAAGCUUCCUUAAUGUUGUACAUGUCUUUGAAGUACAUCCGUGCAUUUUCUUUUAGCAUCUAACCGUUCCUUCCUUCUGGUCCUUGGUCCCUCAAUCACCCUCUCCCAUAGCCCACCCGCCUAACAUCACAGUCUCUGAAAAUGCACAGGGAUGCCUGGCUACCUCGCCCUGCCUUCAGUCUCACGGGGCUCAGUCUGUUUUUCACUUUGGUACCCCCAGGGCGGAGCAUGGAAGUCACAGUCCCCACCACUCUCAGUGUCCUCAAUGGGUCUGACACCCGCCUGCCCUGUACCUUCAACUCCUGCUACACCGUGAACCACAAGCAGUUCUCUCUAAACUGGACUUACCAGGAAUGUAGCAAUUGCUCGGAGGAGAUGUUCCUCCAGUUCCGAAUGAAGAUCAUUAACCUGAAGCUGGAGCGGUUUGGAGACCGUGUGGAGUUCUCGGGGAACCCAAGUAAGUAUGAUGUGUCAGUGACACUAAAAAAUGUGCAGCUGGAAGAUGAAGGCAUCUACAACUGCUACAUCACCAACCCACCAGACCGCCACCGUGGCCACGGCAAGAUCUACCUGCAGGUCCUUCUGGAAGUGCCCCCAGAGCGGGACUCCACGGUGGCAGUCAUCGUGGGUGCCUCGGUGGGGGGCUUCCUGGCUGUGGUCAUCUUGGUGCUGAUGGUGGUCAAGUGUGUGCGGAGGAAAAAAGAGCAGAAGCUGAACACGGAUGACUUGAAGACGGAGGAGGAGGGCAAGACGGACGGCGAGGGCAACGUAGAUGACAGUGCCAAGUAACCGGCAGCCCGCCCUGGAGCCCCUCCCCAUGUCCUGUCUCCUCUCACUCUCUUCCCUGUACAGUGUGACCCUGCCUGCUCUCUCUCGGUGUGCUUCUCUCUAAUAGGACCCCAGGACUGACCUGGGGCCUCACUUCCCAUCCCCUACCACCACCACCCCCAUACCAAAGGUGACCUCCCUCUCUUCCAUCUGAAAACUGCCUUGGUAUCUGAGAUAUGCCAGCCCUGGGGAGAGCAGAGCGGGGCUCUAGCCUGUCAGUCUUUGAGGAAGAAAGACCCUGUGUGUGGUCCCAACGACAGGAUGGGGGAGGGAGGGCGGUGGGAGAAGAGAUUGGCUGCCCAUCUUGUCUAGGGUUUGGUCUGGUGGUGGUUUAAACUGUGGGGGUAGCAGUAUGUGUAUGUGUGUGUGGGUGUGGGGGGUGUCCUGUGCUGACCAGAGGCACCAUGGGAAGGGACUCACGGUGACUUUGCUGUGUCCCUCUGGCUACUCCCAGCACAGAGCAGCCAUCAGGCUGGGGAUGAAGGUAGGGUCCUACCAUUGGUGGGGACAUUUUUUUUAAAGGAAUGACUGUGCAUUUUGAGAACACUCAAGGAAAGCUGGAGGGGGAGACACUCCUGGACACAAGCCUUGGCCCAGAGAACUCUGUUCUGGCCUCAUUUCUAUCACUGCUCCCAGGGAGGCUCUGGUUCGCCCUUGACUACUGCUCUCUUGGGGAUGCAGGCAGGAGUAGGGCUGAAAAGCAGCAUCAGGCAGGAUCAUACCCCACCCUAGGAACCCCCCAGCAGAAGACCUGUGUGAGAGUCUGCUAGGGGACCGAGGGGUGCUGGCUUCAUUGCAAGCACGUUUAGCUGCCUUCUCCAAAAAGAUGAUCACCUUGGUUUCAGCAAGUAGCAGCCAAGGCUCAG